AUGUCUAAAAACUUAUUUAAUUUAUCUAUCUAUCUAUCUAUCUAUCUAUCUAUCUAUCUAUCUAUCUCAGUCUAUUUAUAUCUCUAUCUAUCUAUAUAUCUAUCUAAUUCUGAUCACAUCUAUCUAUCUAUCUAUCUAUCUAUCUAUCUAUCUAUCUAUCUAUCAUCAGUUGAUAUCUAUCUAUCAAUCACAGUCAUUGAUAUCUAUCUAUCUAUCUAUAACACCCAGUUGAUAUCUAUCUAUCUCUAUAUCUAUCACACCGAGCUGAUAUCUAUCUAUCUAUCUAUCUAUCUAUCUAUCUAUCUAUCUAUCUAUCUAUCUCAGCUACUAUCUAUUUAUCUAUCUGUGUUUUUGAUUGUCUUCUUUUUAUAUUCUCUCUUUUCCUCAUUUUCCACGCAACAAAUGUAUUUGGACAGUUCCUUUGUUACUUUUUAUAUCUUUUGUACUUUAUUCAUAGAUAUUUAUUUAUAUCUUACUUUGAUUCUAUCUAUCUAUCUAUCUAUCUAUCUAUCUAUCUAUCUCAUCAUGUUCAUAUCUAUGUAUCUAUCUAUCUAUCUAUGUUUAUAUCUAUUGAUCUAUCCCAAACUGUUUAUAUCUAAAUUUGUUUCUAUCUAUCUAUCUAUCUAUCUAUCUAUCUAUCUAUCUAUCUAUCUAUCUAUCUAUCUAUCUCUGUUCAUAUCUAUCUUUGUGUCUCAUUAUGUAUCUAUCAGAAACUCUUUUCUUCAUUAUUCCAUCCCAUAUCAGUGCUUUUAA